AUGCAGCUGAGGGCGGCCGCGGCGCUUUGCCUCUGCUGCCUCUGGAGCGCCUGCCGCCUCCGCUACGGGCAGCUGGACGCCGCGGUUGUUCGGCCUCCGGCAGCGGCCGGUGACGCGGCGGUGGCGGCCGCCCCCGGCCUCUGGAAGGCAAAGCCCGGCGGGCGACUGAACCGGGAUGGAGGCGUCUUCGGGAACGGCACGGUGGUGGCGCCGCACGACUACAUGAUCGCGCUUUACCGCCGCCUAGCCGCCGGUCAGGAUCCACCCCGGCCUGAGGGAGAGAUCGACGAUGUCCCGGGAAGUCGCCCCAACACCGUCACGGGCUUCGUGGAUCAGGCGCGGGCACAACCACGAGACGACUCUUCUUGGGAAGCCGGGCAGCAAUACCUCUUCGACAUCUCUACCUUGGCGGAGGCGGACGAAAUCGUAGGGGCGGAAUUGAGGAUCUUGCGGAAAGCCGCCGAAAACAGGAGCUUGGCAUCGUCCCCGGAAGGGAUGCUCCAUCGCCUGCUGAUCUCUAUUUGCCCCGAUCCAACAGAAGACCGGGAGCCGGGCCUUCUGGACUCCAGAGCGGGAGAUCUUUUGGGCUCCGGCGACGCUGCGCCCCAGUGGGAAGUCUUCGACGUCUGGGCAGCCUUGAGGCCCUGGGCCGAGCCAGGCGGCCGUCCCCAGCGCCCGCCCGCGCUCUGCUUUGGGCUAAGGAUCGUCUCGGCCCAGACCGGGAAGCUCUUGUCUCCCCGGCAGCUGGGUUUCGGCCGGGAGCACCCAUCGCAGCCCCACGAGAGGGCCCUGCUGGUGGUCUUUUCUCGCACCAAGCGGAAAGACAACCUCUUCAAGGAGAUCCGCGAGAAGAUCCGGACACUGAGCGGCGGCUCCGAGCUCCCGCUGGGGUCCCACGAAUUAAGCCAAGGCGCUCUGGCCAAACAGAAGCGGCGGAGGCGGCGGACGGCGUUGGCGGGCCGGGCCGCCGGCGGGCGAAACCAGAGCAAAAAAAUCAGGAGCCGGUGCAGCCGCAAAGCGCUGCACGUCAACUUCAAGGAGCUGGGCUGGGACGACUGGAUAAUCGCGCCCCUGGAUUACGAGGCGUAUCACUGCGACGGCGUGUGCGAUUUCCCGCUGCGCUCCCACUUGGAGCCGACCAACCACGCCAUCAUUCAGACGCUCAUGAACUCCAUGGCGCCCGAGUCCACCCCGCCCAGCUGCUGCGUGCCUUCCAAACUCAGCCCCAUCAGCAUCCUCUACACCGACUCCGGCAACAACGUGGUUUACAAACAGUACGAGGACAUGGUGGUGGAGAGUUGCGGCUGCAGGUAACGGCGGCGGCCACGUGGGAGCCUCGUCUUCUCUCUCUCUC